CUUCCUCUCCCCGGGGGGAAGGGAGAGAAGAGGAGAAGGGAAAGGGGUGGGUCCACAGCCAGUUGCAUCAAGUAUAAAGAGCUCCGAGUCGGCGCUGCCGGCCGACCGACCGCUAAGGGCUUCCUCCUCUGGCCCCGCCCCCCCCAGAUCUCGGCUGCGGCUCUGCUCGACCUCUCGGGCCUCAGCUGCUUGGGGCUGCGGCGGGAAGAUGGCGGCUUCGGCGGGCAGCGGGGAGGCGGCUUUGGCCGCGGCUUUGGCGGAUGUUCCCGACUUGUCUCGCCUCCUGGAGACCGACCCCGCUCUGAAGCCCUACGCCGGAGACUUCCAGCGGAGGUAUAAGCUCUUCACCCAGACUCUGAAAAACAUUGAAGAAUGUGAAGGUGGUAUUGAUGAAUUCUCUAAAAGCUAUGAAUCAUUUGGAGUACAUAGAUGUGCCGACGGUGGUUUGUAUUGUAAGGAAUGGGCUCCAGGAGCAGAAGGAGUUUUUCUCACUGGAGAUUUUAAUGGUUGGAAUCCAUUUUCUUAUCCAUAUAAAAAACUUGAAUAUGGGAAAUGGGAACUCUACAUCCCACCCAAGAAUAAUAAAUCUUCAGUUGUGCCUCAUGGAUCAAAGUUAAAGGUGGUUAUAACUAGUAAAAGUGGAGAAAUCCUGUAUCGCAUUUCACCAUGGGCAAAAUAUGUGGUUCGUGAAAGUGAUAAUGUGAAUUAUGAUUGGAUGCAAUGGGAUCCAGAAAAUCCUUAUCAAUUCAAGCAUUCUCGUCCCAGGAAGCCAAAAAGUCUAAGAAUCUAUGAAUCUCAUGUAGGAAUUUCUUCUUCUGAAGGAAAAAUAGCUUCAUAUAAACACUUUACAUGCAAUAUUCUACCUAGAAUUAAGGACCUUGGAUACAAUUGCAUUCAGUUGAUGGCUAUCAUGGAACAUGCUUAUUAUGCUAGUUUCGGUUAUCAAGUGACAAGUUUUUUUGCAGCAUCCAGUCGUUAUGGCACUCCUGAUGAAUUGAAAGAAUUGGUUGACACUGCUCACUCAAUGGGAAUCAUAGUUCUCUUGGAUGUAGUUCAUAGUCAUGCAUCAAAAAAUUCAGAGGAUGGUCUAAACAAAUUUGAUGGAACUGAUUCCUGUUAUUUUCAUUCUGGUCCUAGAGGAAAUCAUGAACUCUGGGAUAGUAGACUAUUUGCCUAUUCCAGAUGGGAAGUUUUAAGAUUCCUUCUUUCUAACUUGAGAUGGUGGCUAGAAGAAUAUAGAUUUGAUGGAUUCCGUUUUGAUGGCGUGACAUCCAUGCUUUAUCACCACCAUGGAAUGGGUCAAGGCUUUUCAGGUGAUUACAAUGAAUAUUUUGGACUACAAGUAGAUGAAGAUUCUCUGGUUUAUCUUAUGCUGGCAAACUACUUGGUUCAUUCAGUUUAUCCAGAUUGUAUAACAAUUGCUGAGGAUGUUUCAGGAAUGCCAGCUUUGUGCUGUCCUAUUACUCAGGGUGGAGGUGGUUUUGAUUAUCGAUUAGCCAUGGCAAUUCCGGAUAAAUGGAUCCAGAUACUUAAAGAAUUUAAAGAUGAAGACUGGAAUAUGGGAAACAUUGUGCAUACCCUCAUAAACAGGCGUUACCUUGAAAAGUGCAUUGCAUAUGCAGAAAGUCAUGAUCAGGCUCUUGUUGGUGAUAAAACCCUGGCAUUCUGGUUGAUGGAUGCAGAAAUGUAUACAAAUAUGAGUGUGCUGUCCCCUCUUACUCUAGUUAUUGAUCGUGGAAUACAACUUCAUAAAAUGAUUCGUCUCAUCACUCAUGCGCUUGGAGGGGAAGGCUAUCUGAACUUUAUGGGUAAUGAAUUUGGCCACCCAGAAUGGUUGGACUUUCCAAGAAAAGGAAAUAAUGAGAGCUACCAUUAUGCUAGGAGACAGUUUCAUCUGACUGAUGAUGAACUCCUUCGCUAUAAAUUCCUCAAUAACUUUGACAAAGAUAUGAAUAAGUUGGAAGAACGAUUUGGUUGGCUUUCAGCACCUCAGGCCUUUGUGAGUGAAAAACACGAAGAAAAUAAGGUUAUUGCUUUUGAGAGAGCAAAUCUUCUUUUUCUCUUCAAUUUCCAUCCAGAAAAGAGUUUUACUGAUUAUAGAGUGGGAACAGCAUCAUCAGGAAAAUUCAAAAUUGUUCUGGAUACUGAUGAAGAGAAAUAUGGAGGACAUCAGAGAUUGGACCAUAAUACAGAUUUCAUUUCUGAGUCUUUUGAACAUAAUGGCCGUCCUUAUUCUCUUUUGGUAUACAUUCCAAGCAGAGUGGGUCUUGUGCUUCAAAAUAUGGAUAUACCAAACUGAAGGCGACAAAAUUUGCCUGCAGCGGAUACAGAUUCUUAUUUUAUGUUCCUGCAUUUAGCCUCUUUUCAUUUUGUAGGCUUUAAAACUGUGUGGCAAAAAAUAUUGGGAAUUGAAUAUUGAUAUGUACACAUGAAUAUUAAAUUUUUUAAAAAGACCUUUUCCAGAGCCAUAUAAGUAAACAAAUACAGAGAAAAAAUUCUUUGCAUUUCUUGUAUUUUUUGUAGCAUAUUUUCAACCUUUAAAUGGCUAUUAUUCUCAAGUUGAAUUUUACAUUUUAUGAAAGUAAAGUGGACUUUCAUGCUGUUUUAAUUUAAGAUUUGAUUUAUUUGUUAUAUGAUAUAAUCUUUUUUUAAUGCACAGAGUAAGCAAUUUUUUUUUUAAUUGGACAAAUAGCAAUCUUAUUGAAGUUUCUUGAAUAUUUGGCAAAGAAUACUAUUACUGAAAAGGUAUCAUAAUUUUGUUAUAUUGGUGACAUAAUAAUGUUAAGAAUUUUUUCAAAAGAUAAUAUCAUAGGCUUUAUGUGUAAAGACAAUUAUGUAUGAUUUUGGUAUAACAAUUUCAUUUUAUUUACUUUCAUUCACAUAACAUUCUUGUAUCCCCUUCUGUUUUCCCAAGCCUUAUUAUAAUAAUUGUGGCAUUUCAAGGACCAUUUUAAUUUCCAUUAGUUAAUACUGUACAAAAAGUAAUGAUUUUUGAAAUUAAUGAAUGUCACAUUCAUUAAUUCUUUCCAUUUUAUAUAAUGCUGUUUAAGGCCUUCAUUGACCUUCAUUAGCAUAAUUAAUUCACGUUUUAAAAAAUGCUUCAUACCUAGUUUGAAGAAAAAUUUACUGCUUCUUCAGUACUUUGGAAUGGGCUUCACAAAUGGGCUGCAAUAUAACCUAUGAAGUAGAUUUCUGUGCCAUGGCCAAUAUAUCCAUAGUUUUCUUAAGUAUCAUCAAUUCUUUGAAUAUAUGUUUUAGCCACAUAUUAGCAUUAUUUGUUUUUGUUAUUUGUUUUGUCCAGAAUCAUUUGUAAUUUACAGCAACUAUAUUGCAAUUUUCAUUUUUAAAGGAAACAUCCAGUACAAUUUGUUUUCUAUUAACAAACUUUUGCAUUAACUAUCUUCCAUAUACUAAGCUUUUUAUUGUAAAGUGUGGAAUGAAUAUUUAAGGUUUAUUUUGGAUUUCUGAAUCUUAAUUUCCUUUUUAAUAACUCAAAUAAUAAUUUGAAUGUAUUAGAAAGAUUAAAUGGUACUGGAUGACAAUUUUGCAUGCUAGGAAAAAUGAAAUGGAAAGUUUUUUGUGAUGCAUUUCCCAAAAAAAGGAUUUGUGAAUGUCCUAGCACUGUCAUAGUCUUCAUACUAUAACUAUUAAAGAUGAAGACACUGUCACAUUAAGUAUUUUCAAGUUUGUAUUACCCUACUGUUUCCAUUAUGCACAAAAGUAUUACCAUGUUAUUUACAUAUCAUGAUAGCAUUUUAAAAUGUGGAAUAUAGAAUUAUUAUUUUGAAUUGUUUUAUAGAUGUGGAAUUGUUAUUUUCAAAGUGUUAUAUUUUAUCAUAUUGAUUGAUUUUGCAAACAUAUUCUUUAGAUUUCACUGGUUUACAGUGAUGGUUCCACAAAAUAAUAUAAGGUAAUUUUUGUCAAGUUUUUAUGCUUGAGGAACAAUAAAUGUAUGCUGCUAAAUAGGAACAAUAAAAAUAUAUGCAAAUAAAUAAAAUAUUAAAAGUUUAAAAAUGUUGUA